AUGCUAGCAAGAAUUCAAAAUGCCGCCAACGGCGUUGUGUCCAAGGCCCAGGCUUACGCUACAAAAUCGAUUUACUACUCUAAAGUUGUGGGAGAACUGUCAAAGCAGGUUUAUCUAAAGGAAAAGCUACAACCUCCAUCUGUCGGUGAGUUCCAGAGUGUCUACACAAGCCUAUACAAGCAGGCCGUGAGUAUGGCUUUGAAGCCCAAACAGUCCUUGAGCUUGUUCAAAAAUGUCCAAAAAGACGAUUUGAUCAAAUACGGUGCGUACGGUGUUCAAUUGGCCGGUCUCUACUCGCUGGGUGAGGUCAUCGGCAGAAGAAAAGUGGUUGGAUACACCAACUACGCUGCUCACCACUGA